AUCGGUGAGGAACCAGUCAGCAAACGACGGGCGCCUACGUUGCGGAUUGGACGUUCUCGGAGGUAUCUUGUCACGGGUUCCGUGGCUCGGCAAAAACGGUUCUUUUCGUAGCAAAGAACUUUUCCCUUCUGUUUUCUGAGGAACUAAAAGGUUGGUGUUAGUGAGGGUGAUGUUCCUAUAUCAUUUGUAACAAAACAAAUCAUUGUAGGGUGUUGCUAAUUAAUGGAAGAUUGAGUGAGACGAUUCUUGGAGAAAAGGCUGAAUCUUUCCCGUCAAGUGGCUGAUAUAACAUAGAAGCUAGAACGGAUUUCGACGAAUUGAAUUGUCCAGUGGAUGAUGCUGACUCGUGUGUGCGUGUUUGUGUUAUAGGCCUCAAAAGCCACAUAGGGAACUCGGCGAUUGGGAGAUUGGGCGAUUGCUGGAAGCCAUUCUAGGUUCAUUAAGUUCCGAACGCGUAGAAGAUUAUUGUGCAAACCCGGAUGAUCCAUUUUGCGACUGUUUGUGUGUAAAUCCGAGACGCAGAUCCACGAGUUUUCCAAGAAUUGGAAACCUCUAUCAAAUCCUAGUGUCUGGGAAUCUGUUUUUGUGGGGACCAAAAUGUGUCCAUAGCACUCUACAUGGCGACCGUUAAAAAAAUCAAAAGUUGACUACAGGAUUGACUUACAAGUCAAAAUAAUUCAAUGGUUUGAAUUUUUCCUCUAAAGAAAAAUGCUCUGUAAGUAAUUGAAGAUUGUUUAAAAUUAAACCCUGUGCUGAAGUGUUGCGAAAAAUUUAAAAUCCAAAAAACGAACCGUCAUUUCCCAAAACGGUGCUGAAUCAAAAAGCCCAAAACAAAAGAGGAAAAUUCCUCACGUAACACAGGGCCCGGGCAUCGAAUUAAUCUGCACGCGAGAGAAAUUGCAUAAAUAAUUCGCUUAAAUUGACUCGCGACGACUGGUUUGGUUUGGUCUAAGCUGCAGUUUUACAAUUAGCGAAAUAAAGAAAAAAAGCAAAAUAAACCCCCUCGAAUGCAUAUAAAUCAGCUGUCUUCAGGGGGAGGGCCCUAUCGUGUCAGUGCUCCAAUAAACGUGUGUGUGUGCUCGAGUGUAUGUGAUUGAUCAGCUUGAAUUAAAUGCAGGAAAAAAUAGAUAAAUAAACCAACCUACACCGGAUGGUGCAUUAAUUGUGGUGGAAAAGUUAAAAAAGAGGAAAAAAUAGUGAAGCUCCAAGGCAGUUAUUUUCUAUUUAACCUUUGAGGCAGACACCGGGAGGGCAAAAUAAAAUUCGAAAAAAAAAUAGUGACAAACAAAACAAAGGAAGAACAACAUCAACAACAACGGCAAAAAAAAUAUAAAAUUCAUUCAAUCUGUUUUGUCCACCUGACUGUUGUUGUGAUUUUUUUUUUCUCCAUUCCAUUUAUGCUUCGAGCAAAGGAAUGAUCGGAACUUGAAGCCGGACACAAUUUCCGUCUACAUUCCAACCGGUGGCGACCAUUUCCGAUCCAAAAUUUGCGAGACCAUCAUCAACCAGCCAGUUUGAAAAGAGUAAAACAAACAUCAAUCGGACUCCUCAAAGCAAUUGGUGUGGAAAAGCCUCGAAGGAUUUUUGGUUUUCCAUUGGAUAACCCAAAAAAAUAAUCCCACCAAUGCUACCGAAUCACAGCCUUCGUCACGUUGAAGAGCGUCUUAGAACGAUGUCUCGACUUUUCCGGUAGGCGGGCGGGAUCAUCCUAAGUAGAAAUGAGUGCCCUCGGAUUGCCGGAAGGCGAUUGCAUCAGCACGCCGACUAAUCGAAGGUGUCGUCACCGGAUGCUGCCGGGGACCGGAAGCUGUUUCAGUGCGAUUCCGGGAGGCGGCUUCACACCCAACGGGGGAAGCAGGAGGCGAUAUUCGACCUGUGGCACCGGCGGCAAAAUGACGGUCUACUCUUGGAAGCACUGGUUUUGGAUUACGGUCUUCGGAGUGGUUCUGAUCGAAUGCAGCCCGCUCAGCUCGAUCGACACCUACCCGAGCAAGCUGAAGCUGGAGGAGCAGGGCGGCAACAAAUCAACAUAUCUGAAACGGGCCGGAGAACCAGCUAUUGGUCUCGGUGGAUCCCUACCAGGGUCAGUCGCCGGAAGUAGACCUUCCGCACCGGGUGGUGGACCACCCUUCAUAUCAUCUUUGCCGCCGAUGGCAGCUGCUUCGAGUGGGCUGGUAGCCGGUGGUGUACCGGCUUCGGCAGCUCCCACCUUGAAUUCUCUACUGGAACCGGACGUUGACGACACCUUCGCCAGUGGAAGUCUGGCUGGAACGGACUUUGGCGGGGUGGAUUCGGUGCUACGGUAUACGAGGAAGGAUGUUGAAGGUGGAAGUUCUACGUCGGGGCCGCCGGUUGUCGGAGAGGUUGAGGUGGUGGAAGAUGUUUCGUCGUCUUCCAGCACAACUUCGUCCUCGGUUGCCGGGCAGGCCGUACCGACCUCCGGAAGGUUUAAGAAGAAUGGAACCAUUUUCACCCGAAACGAACAAAACAUAACAACGUUGAAGCUGAAGAACUACAACCGGGGAUUGGAGAAGGAGGAAUUAAAGGCACCUCGGGUGCCAGAACGUGGCACUCGAUUGAUCGAUAGUUUAAUGCUAACGGCCGUGGACAAUAGCACAGAUGAUCCGGUCGGUCCAGAUUCGGAGUUAGAGGAGGCAACCGAAUUAAGUAUCCACGUCGCCGAUCCUUCGAGUGGAGAGAACGUUACAAAUCCCACGGUCGUUGAAACCGGUGAUUCCUUACAGAUGGCGCCGGCGCCCAGUGAUGAUAUCAGUAGUAGUAACAGUAGCUUUAGUGAUAGUAGCAGUGGUAGCAAUAGAGUUAGUAUUAAUAGCAGUAGUAGCAAUAGUCCUAGCGUAGUGAGUAAUAGCAGAAGCGAUCAAGACAUUUCCGACGGCAGCCAUAGCGAGGGUUCUAGUGGAAUUGGCACAAUUUCAAGCGAUCGACGGAUAGGCAAGACCAUGUCCGCCGAUUUUAGGGACUUUGUGAGCCAUACAAACACGAAUCCGAACUUCAGCACCUACAAUUCCCGGGCGAUUGCCUUUUCGACGGCCAAUCUGCAGGAAGGCGUUGAUGAUCAAGAUCAUCCACUGGAAGACGACGAUUAUCGGAGAAGCUCCCGGAGUGCUCAGCGCCUGAACGUCGGAGCCAUUUCCGGAAUUUGCCUGGCCUCUUUAGGGCUGCUUUCGGGGAUUUCAGCAGCGCUGAUCAUCCUCUACAGGAGGUAUUUGUAUCUGAACAAGCCUCAAACGCUGAGCGAGCCGGAUUCGAGUGGCUACAUCGACGACAGCACCAUCCGGGACAAUUCCGAUGAAAUGUACAGCCUGGACAAUGAUUCGUUUCUGAACUCGCUGGAGGCGAUGACGAUUCAGAAUUACUGGACUGAUAACGUUAAACAUACCAAGCUGUAGAUGGUUCCCAGAAGAGUUUGAAGGGUUCUCGAUCACUGCUGAUAAGAAUGAAGUUUGAUGUUCCUACAUUUACAUCAGAAAUUAUAAGCAUCAGUAUAGAAGUUUAUACAGCAUAAAAACUUCUGAUGAAGCUUGAAACAUCAAACUUCAUUUCUGUCAAUUUUUCGAAGAAGUUCUACAACAAUGUAUGUUUAAUGGAUUUCCGGGUAGUGAUUCAACGAGAACAAGGAAACAAAAACCUACUCUGUACGUAUUAUUUUAUUCGAUAAGUCAUCAAUUUUUGCAGCAAACCCAUACACGUUCAGCUCACAAACGUCGCAAUCAUUCCGUCACAAACCGUCCUAUUUUUGCCCCUAGGUUAAGCAACUAAUGAAAAUAUGUUGGAAAUAUUAUUUAGUUAAGUUAGCAAAAACAAACUAAACAAACAAUUAGGGUCGAACAAGCUUAAUUUGUCCGUACUUAGUUAGAAAUGCACGCGGGAAGUCAGGAGAAAAGACAAAAAAACAAAAAAAAACACGUUUACAUCACCGUUUAUGUUUACUCUAUUACGAGUAGUUAACUAUUUUUUUACAAAUAUAAGUUCAAGGUGACUAACAUUCCCAGUGAUAAGUUUAGUUCCGCACAUUAAACGAUCAAAAUCCAUUCUUUUUUCUUAAUUGAAAUAAUGUAAAAACGUCAAGAACGUGGAACGGAAAAAAGGAAAAUCAAAUUAAAAGUGUUAAAAAAAAAAACAAACAAACAAAAAGUCGAACAGAUGUUCAAGUUCAAUGCUCCCACACUAAAUACAGAGAAAGAGGAAAAUGUGUACUUAAAAAAAAAACCAGAAAAAUGUGAUGCUAGAUUUGGAACUCACUAGUUAUUGAUCGAAAUGAUAUUCUCGUUAGGAGGAAGACACUUAAAUCUUUUCAAUAAUUUUAUUUACCUUGAAGCGAUUGCAAGAGACCUGCGUUUUCCGGGGAACGAAAAUAUCAUUUAUUGAUGAAAAAAGUUAAAAAUAUUUAGUGGUGCGAAUUAGUGUGAUUUGGUAGAAGAAAUGGCGAAGUAGGGGAUAGAUUGUAAUUGGGAAGUAUUUUUGGUGAACGAAACAAGUAAACAAUGCAACAAACAACAAAACAAAAUUAACAAAACAAAAGACAAAUUAUGUAACACUAUUGUACAACCGGGUUCCGAUUCCAUUAUUUUGUGAAUAAGAUCAGAAAUAAAAUUCAUUGAAUUUGAAUUGGAA